AUGGCGGACAAUGGCUCUCCCAAACCUCAAUUCCUCGCGCCUCCCGCCGUUACGGCCUUACGGCAGGAGGCUCGGAACAUCCACCCGAAAAUGACUCGAACUAUGAGCGACGAUAUGCGAGAGGAACGGGAAGACCUGAAAGAAGCGGCGGAACAGACCUUGAACACUAUCGUGGACCUCGAUCUCGAGGGCCGCAUCAAAUGGGUCAGCCCGUCGUGGAAGCAGGUGGUCGGCUCGGCUCCGGAGACUGUAGAGGGCCGUAUGAUCUCGGAGAUCCUCCUUGGAAAUAAGAGUGUGUUCCGUGACGCAAUCGAGGCAAUGAAAGAGGAUGAUUCGCGUAGUCGGUUCAUUCGUUUCGCGGUGCAGAUGGGGUCAGACUCGGUUCUGAAGUACGCGCCCGAACCGCGCCCGACUAUUACAGCGGAUAGCACCGAGAGCGAGACCAUCGAUGAAAGCGUGGACCCUUCGCAGGACGAAGGCGAACGGAGGAAUGAUGUCCUUCACAUGGAGGGACAGGGUAUCAUGGUUUAUGACCGGACGGACGACCAAGCAGGACAUUCCAUGUGGAUGCUCCGACCUUUAACCGAACCGAGAGAAGUUACCAUUGAUCUACCGGCCCUUUUGGUGGAAUCCUUGGGCGUUGGAGCAGAGGUCCUUGCGAAUUACUUGACAACACUGGCAGAGGCCGCCGCGACCGAACCCGAUCCCUCCAAACACCCUGCCCCAACUCCAGUGUUGUGUCGUAUCUGCGAACGCCAGAUCACACCGUGGUGGUUCGAAAAACACACCGAUUCAUGCCUUCAGGAGCAUCGGGCUGAGAUGGACGUACAAAUUGCGCAGGAAAACCUCACUGAGCACCGGCAUGCUAUUGUGAAAGUGUUGGAUGCAUUGGAAGCCCGUCAAGGGAGACCGUUGAUCGGUAGUGAUGGCAACAUCAUGCCCCUUCUUCAACCAGAGUAUAAAGGGUUGCCCAUUGGGCCCUCCCCGGCUAGCUCACACCCAUCAUCCGCGCCCGUAUCGGGCGUCAACUCUGCCCCGGGCACACCCCCUCGCUCACGGGAUCACUCGGCCUCUGGCAUAGUUCCUGGCCGACCGCGAGCAUUCACCGUACGACGACCGCUGGCUCGGAUCGUGGAGCUGGUUCUCGAUCUCUGCGAUACUGCGGCGGAAAUCAGCAUGCCGGCUUUGAGGGAGUCUUCACGGCCAGAGAAUGGUGAGGAUUUCCGAACACUGUCCCCGCAGUCAGAAUCACGCAUUUCACAAGUCCUGCAGUGGCAGUCACCCAGUUCCAACACUCUCGAACAGGAACAAGGCCUUGCUGCUCUCUCUGCGGACACAGAAAUGGUAGCAAAGGCAAAGGUUGACGCCGUGGUCCGCCAUCGGAAAAUUGUCGAAUACGCUGAACGUAUUCGCAUCGAAUACACAGUCCUCGUGGAAGAAUGCAUCUCAGCUGCGCUGAGCAAAGCCGAGCGCAUAGCUGCAGGCCAACUCAGUGAUUCCUCAUGCUCUUCGGAAGAUGAGGCAGCCUUGCAGGACACCCAUAUGGGCAGCAAUCUUGGUAUCACUGCCGACUUUGAGGUCCUAUGGAGUGCCCAACCCCCCAAGUCUCACAGGAGCAUAGCCGGCAUUCUGGGAACCUCACAGCAAUCCCGGCAUCGUCUGUCUCUUGCGGAAAUUGACGCAGGCGAUAGCAGUGAUAGUAGCUUGCCAUCUGCGUUCACGGGUAUGCGAACAGACUCACCUUCCUCGGAAAGGAGCUUUGACCGGAAACGAAGAAGCCUAGUGCUUCCCAACCUAUCGAGCUCCCCCCGUCGGCAGCCUUCACCUGCCCGCGGCUCAGGCCCUCAUUCUCCGCUGAGGAUGCCCAAGCCUCGUUAUUCAAAUGAAGGCCUUCCAUCGCCCGUUGUUUCACCGUCUAUCUACGCCGGCGAGACGGCUCACAGUUGUCGUCAUCAUCGCAGACAAUCGUCAGCCAACUCUUCGGACAUUACAAAGCCGCCCCCGUCGCCGCGGCUACCCUCGGUCAGUCAACAACCGCGGCCUGCACCGCCAUCCAUCAAGGACUUUGAGAUCAUCAAGCCCAUCAGCAAAGGUGCUUUCGGCAGUGUGUAUCUGUCCAAGAAGAAAUCGACUGGAGAAUACUUCGCUAUCAAAGUCCUGAAAAAAGCGGAUAUGAUUGCCAAGAACCAAGUCACGAAUGUCAAAGCCGAACGCGCCAUCAUGAUGUGGCAGGGCGAGAGUGAUUUUGUGGCUAAACUAUAUUGGACAUUCUCGAGUAAAGAGUAUCUCUAUCUGGUUAUGGAGUAUCUGAAUGGAGGUGACUGUGCCUCACUCGUCAAAAUUCUUGGUGGUCUCCCCGAAGACUGGGCCAAGAAAUACGUCGCCGAGGUUGUUCUUGGAGUUGAACACCUCCACAAUAGAGGAAUUGUUCACCGUGAUCUGAAGCCAGACAAUCUGUUGAUCGACCAUACCGGCCAUCUGAAAUUGACCGACUUCGGCCUGUCUCGCAUGGGUCUCGUUGGACGUCAGAAGCGUGUUUUGAAGAGUCCUAAUGAAUCGGCCCCUGAUCUCCUUAAGCAGGGACCUUUCCCUCGGGCCAUGUCGAUUGCGUCUUCGCGUUCCGCCUCCUUUGAUUUCCAAGCGGGAUCUUCCCCUGGAUCUACUCCACUCAUCACGCCAGAAGUAGCGGCCAAUAUCUCUCAGCCGUCAUACUUCAGCCUUAACCAGAGCGCCUUGAGUCGACAGAGCUCCCGUCGGACAUCUGGCUACCGCAGUGAUAGUGCGGGCAGUGACAGCUUAAAUGGCAUGUUCAGGACAUUCUCACUGCACGAUUCCAUUGGUCCCAUCAGCGACUCCGCGGCCCCGUCCCUAAGCAUGCUAUCCAGUAGUCUGGCUGAGGACGAUGCGCAAAGUGAUGCCGGAGAGUCACCUCAUCUCUAUCCAUUGCAACCUACUUUCAGUAACCCAAUGGCGCAAAACACUCCUCCGCAGCAGGGUAUGCUUCCCCCAGUGAUGGCACUCUUUGAUCCAGAGGAUCACGACCGACGCUUUGUUGGAACCCCUGAUUAUCUGGCACCGGAGACUAUCAAUGGUGUUGGCCAAGAUGAGAUUAGCGAUUGGUGGUCCUUGGGUUGCAUCAUGUUUGAGUUCAUUUUUGGGUAUCCUCCUUUCAAUGCUGGGACGCCUGAUGAAGUCUUUGAGAACAUUUUGCAGCGGAAAAUCAACUGGCCUGAUGAUCCCGCGGAGUACACUACCCCAGAAGCUUUGGAUCUCAUGAACAAGCUCAUGACUCUGAACCCGCGCGAGCGCAUUGGAGCUAACGUGGACGAGAAGUUCCCCAACGGUGGUGCUGAAAUUCGUCAUCACCCAUGGUUUUCCGAUAUCAACUGGGACACUCUUUUGGAGGACAAGGCUGAGCAUUUGCCGAGGAAGUUGGAAGAUGAGAAUCCGUCACAGGAGCCCGUCACGCAAGGCAAUUAUCCAGAUCGCCCUCACGAUGCUCUGUUCAAAGUGCGCUCGCAGGUCAAUUCGAUGAAGCGUCCCCUGAUGCCACUACACAUCCCACCCCAUGUUCGGGAUGCGCGGGACUCGCGCAGUCGAAGAUUGAGCGAGCCAGCCCUGGCCGAUGACUUUGGCAGCUUCAAUUUCAAGAACUUGCCGAUGCUCGAAAAGGCGAACAAGGACGUGAUCAAUAAAAUGCGCCAGGAAGCCAUGCAGGCGCAGCAUCCCUUCCUGGAGGGAAGUCCGCUCCCAAUGUCUCUGCAGCGUACGCUGUCGCAGAACAAGGGGAACAACCGACCGUCCUCGCCGUCUAGUUUGAGCCAAGCAAAUUCGUCUCCAAGCCGACCAUCGCAGCCUUCAUCGCCGCUCUUGGUGCAGUUUAGUACUGGAAAUAACCAUGAGCGUCGCAAGACAUCUGGAUCCUCCUCAAGUGCGUCACACCAGUCUAGUGGCACAUUCCAGCCUUCUUCUGUUGACCAGGGUCGCAUGCCCAACCUCCGACUUGGAUCGGUCGCUUCAUCUCCCGUCAAAGCCAACCGUAUGGCUGCUCAUUCCCCUGAGAAGCAUCCAUCCAGUCACAGGCAUGGAAGCGUACCUGCAAGCCGAGCUCGAUCGCAGACCAUUGGCUCUCAAGAUGGUACCGACUUGAGCUCACUUGGUAAAGAGUCAUUUGUGCCUGCUCACCACAAACGUCGAAGUCAACUCUUGGAUAUCUCACCCUCUUCUUCGGACAAUGAGGACCCUCGCACUAAAGCUUUGCUCAAAGUCCAGCGUCGGCGACAAAGCUCUCGCCGGCUGUCACAAUUUAAUUUUCAGGAUGGGCCGUUUUUCCGCCCGCUGGAUGUGCUUAUCUGUGAGGAUCACCCUGUCUCGCGACUGGUGAUGGAGCGCUUGUUUGAGAAGCUGCGCUGUCGAACUAUCACGGUCACCAAUGGUGCUGAAGCUAUGCGAUAUGCUCUCAGUGAAGUACAAUUCGACAUCAUCAUGACUGAGUACAAAUUACCCCAGGUCAACGGUGCCGAUUUCUCACGUAUGGUGCGCGAGACCCGCAGUGCCAAUCGACACACCCCGAUCAUCGCGGUCACCGGCUACCUAAAGGACCUUCCUGAGAACCACAACUUCGACGCGCUCAUUGAGAAACCUCCGACUCUCUCCAAGCUUACUGAGGCGCUCUGUAAAUGGUGUUUGUGGAAACCGCCGCCUAAGGAUUACAACCCGUCGCAGCCUCUGUCUGUUCCUAUUCCUUCUGGUCGACAGAAUACGCAGCCUCAAGACGACAGCCCCAGCUCGGCAUCGUCUGGUUUCGUUCCCAAGCCCCCCUACGUAUUUGGGGACAUGGAAAAUAUCAAAUCGGAUGAAGUUCCGGUGAUCAUCAGCCGCCACCACGAUGAUUGGGACCAUGGCCCUGGAGGCCUGGGGAUUUCCGAGGAUCAAAAUCCCGGCACUCCGGACACCAAGGCAGUGCCCAUUCCCAAUCUCCUCCAUGCUAGGACCGCACCCGCGGCAAUGGAUCCAAGCGGUGCACUCACGCCUCGCAAGCAAAGAUCCAGUGAAUCCAUUCGCGCCAAGCGGGAGUCUUUGGAAAAGAAGAGGUACGAAUGUGCCGAAUCAGGAGACGACGAGGAUGAAGAGCUUGGCAAUUCUCAACACCGCAAGAGCCCGCCGUCCCGUAGCCGUCGACCCGGCUCCAAGCUUGGAAUUGAGAUGAUGCGGACUAACAGCCGUGGCAGUGUGGUCAGUGGCAGCGAAGAGCUUCUUAAGAAGGAGCGAGAAGCGCUACGAAACCAACGAGACGCCGAUGACUCUGAUGCCCCAUUGGGAUCGCCCGCAAGCACCGGUCUUGGAGAUCGCUUUGAGGGGCUCAGUAUUGCCGAGGAAUUUGAAAUUGAGGAGCCGCUCAGCCCUCGUGAGUCUCUUCCGCAGCCCUCAUCGUCGCCUUCACAGAGACGUCGACCUUCGCUCACGCACCAUGAUACCUCGAUCUAUUCGGGACCUAGCUCCCCAGUAUCGUUAUCGAAGCCAAGCUUUGGCAAGCUGAAGCAUGGCCAAAUCACUCCACCCGGGGGACUGACCCCAAGCGGCGCACCCAAUCCCAUUACGCCUGAGCUCAAGGCCUCCGACGAUGCAGCGGAUUCCGGCUCCGGUGUUGACACCGACUGCAGCCCAACGCCUGACUCGGAGGCGACACCACGACCAUCGCACCCACCAUCCAACCUCGACCCCGAGGAAACACCCCGUCCAUCAGAGCGGUACCGAUCCGAUUUCUCUGUCAAGCGAUGA